UAUUUUCAGCAUAUUUGUUUAUUUCCGAUAACUUCAGUUGCGGAUGUGGACGGAUCUUUUUAGCGAAGGGGGAAAACAGUGGUGAAAUCAGCGGGAGGAGGUCAUUGGAGCUGUGGUCUAAAUCCUUCAACAACCGCCAUGGAAAUAACCUCCUGCUCCACGCUCUAUACUCAUCCUAUCAAAAGAACCACAUCUUGCAAUUGCUUCUACUCCCAUGCCGCACUUAAUCUGCCAACAACCAGAUUCCAUCCGUCUUCUCCACAUCUCUCUGUUUUCUCGAGAAGCGUUAGCUCCAUUGGGAAGAGUUUACGAAUCAGGACACCAGUUGCUCCCAGCACUACCAGCCGUUCUAACAACUACUCAUCCCAAGAACUCGCGGUUCUUCUCGAAGUUGAAGGAGUCCUUGUGGAUGCAUAUCGCUCAACUAAUCGCCAAGCUUUCAAUGAGGCAUUUCGGAAGCUUGGACUUGACUGUGCAAAUUGGACUGAUCCUGUAUAUUCAGACCUUGUCAGGAAGAAUGCUGCUAAUGAGGAACGGAUGCUAAUUAUGUAUUUUAACCGUAUUGGUUGGCCGACUUCACUACCAACAAAUGAGAAGGAAUCAUUUAUUAAAAGUGUUCUGCGAGAAAAGAAAAAUGCAUCAGAUGAAUUGAUGGUCUCACAAAGUUUACCUUUACGGCCUGGAGUUGAAGAUUUCAUUGACAAUGCAUAUGACGAGGGAAUACCUGUGAUUAUUCUCACAGCCUACAGCAAAAGUGGAGAAGAAAUUGCUAGAUCUAUCAUUAAUAAGCUUGGACCUGAGAGAAUAUCCAAAGUAAAGAUAGUUGGGAAUGAGGAGACAAGACAGAGUUUAUACAGUGAAGUUGUGCGUGGUCAAGCAAAGCAUUCAGGUUUGGACGAGCAACUAGCUAAGGAGGCAAUGAAAGCAGCUUCUGCGGAGAAACAAAGGAUUGCCGAGAAAGUUGCAUCUGCGCUGAAGUUGAGUGUCGAGAUAAAUACUACCUCAUCUGAAAGCUUGCCAGUACUGGUACCUGGUCUCAUGAAAUGGGGGAGGAAGCUACCAAGUAAAAUUGACCAACCUUUCAUCCUCUCCUUUUUAGUUUGGACAAGAUCAUAUGUGCAUUGCGUGCUGGAGCAGAACUUGCGGACAUACCUGUUUCCAAUUGCAUCCUUAUUGCAGGAACCCAAUCUGGGGUUGAUGGAGCUGAGCGAAUAGGCAUGCCGCGUAUUGUGCUCCGUAGCAGUUUGACAUCACGAGCUGAGUUCCCUUCAGCAAGCGCUAUAAUGGAUGGCUUUGGAGUAGGUGGCUUGACCAUUACCAGAUUACGGCAAAAGACAUGGUCCUCAGAUGCAUGACCCCAUUGUUACUUGCUGUUCUCUUCAUGACCGUUAAAUCAGUGUUAUGACGAAGCCUUUGUCCUAUUUCCCGACAAUUUUCAUGAUUCGAAUUUCCAUGUUUGCGUAGACAUGUAUGGCCAUGGCUUAUAUUCUUGGGAUUUUGAAUCCUUGGGAUUUUGAAUCCUUGCUACCAAAUAAUAACCCUCCUUGAGCUGCAAAAGUUCUGAGAAUAUCUUCCAAAGAAAUAGACGAGAUUUCAUCCUA